AUGAGCGCGUCAAGUGACCAAGUCGCCCAAAGGGAUGGCCGCACCAGACUGAAACGCGCCCCGGCCGGAAAGCCCACUCACCCGAACGACCCCAUGCACUGUCCACUCUACCAUGAGACAACCGAAAGGUUAUUCAAAAGCAGCGUUAGAAAUUUGAACCAUCGUAAUAAAAGGUCCAUGUUUGAUGCGGUUAGGGAUGAAAGCAAAGACUUGAACAGAAACGGCUCGACGGACAAGUGGGAAAAUAAAAAAAUAAUUGCACCCCCCCCUGGAGAGAUCAAGCAGAUUCUGCAGCAGGAGCCAUUUCAUAUGAGUAGCAAAAGGAGUGGACGGAGGAUUCACCCCGAGGUUGCAAGUGGAAAUAUCUUCUACAACGAGAGCUCGAAGAAGACGAGCAGCUACAGCCUGCAUAACAACCCCUGCAGGUGGGGAGUCGACGUCCUUAGGUAUCCUUUACCCACACCCAAGAGGAAUGUCAGGCACGUGGGUAAUUUAUCGACCUGCCUUGUGCCGAACAAAAGCUCCGACGCGUUCGUCCGUAAGAAGAGCCCGAGCCAUUACGUCACCCAAUUGGAGAAAUCGCUCUGCCCAAAGGAAAGCGCCUCCAUCCAGGGUUCCAGCCGAAAGAUCAUUCAUUCUCAUGAGUCUAAGUUAGAGAUAAACUGCAUACCAAAGGACUUCGAACGGAGGGAGACAAAACAGACUUUCACCUCUCGCCAGGACAACUUAAACGCUGACCUCACCCCCAUGGAGCACGUCGGAAGGAGGCCCUUCCACAUAAACACCACCUGCAGGAAUAAGCAAUCCUCCGUUGCCUUCAACAGUAUAAAAUGA